GACAGAGAGUCGAGCUUUGGCUUUUCUUGGACAGAACCAUAAAUAUUCCCUUCUAACUCGAAUAUUUCAGCCACCUUACUCUACACAGUUCGAUUCUUUGCAUCAAUAUUCUCCUAAAUAUUCAUUGCCUCGUAAAGGUAAAAGUGGUCUUCUGGCCUUCUGGGUAUAUUGAAAACGCGAGAAAAAUAACCCUGUUUUGGUAUUCAUGGGUAGAAGAGGAUUGCAAAGUGUUGCACAGAAUAACAAAGAUGUGGUUGUUGUCAGUUCUGGGAUUAAGAUUCAAUGGAAUUCUCAAGAGGGUAGUUCUUGUUCUGGUGGCUUAUUUGCCAGCGUUGGUCAAGCAGGUCUGGGGUUUGGGAUUCCAUCGAAUCCUCAGAGUCCUAAAGACGAAGACAUUAAAUCCCUGUGUGGUACUACACACAUGAUUUAUCUGUCAAUGCCCGAAUCAAGGUUUGGGUUUAGUUGGCUUCCGGAAUCGGUGACUGGUGAGGCAUUGGAGGUUGGAGAGGACGAGCUGGUGAUGAAGAAGAAGAAGAAGAAUAAGAGGGAUGGUCUUAAACUGAAAAUUAAGAUUGGUGAUCCUUCAAUGAGGAGGUUGGUUAGUGGGGCAAUCGCAGGUGCGGUAUCAAGGACUGUGGUAGCACCACUGGAGACAAUAAGGACACAUUUGAUGGUUGGGAGCUUGGGACACUCGACGACUGAGGUGUUUCAAAAUAUCAUGGAAACUGAUGGAUGGAAGGGCUUGUUCAAGGGUAACUUCGUUAAUAUAAUCCGGGUUGCUCCAAGCAAGGCUAUUGAGUUAUUUGCUUUUGACACGGUUAAGAAGCACUUGACUCCUAAGCCUGGGAUAGAACCCAAAAGCCCAAUUCCUGCUUCAUUAAUUGCAGGUGCUGUUGCUGGAGUUAGCUCUACCUUGGCUACAUACCCUCUCGAGUUACUCAAAACCCGAAUAACUGUCCAGAGAGGAGUAUAUAAGAAUCUCUUGGAUGCAUUAUUUAAAAUAGUGAAGGAGGAGGGACCUGCAGAAUUAUAUAGAGGCCUCACCCCAAGUGUAAUCGGAGUAAUUCCAUAUGCUGCCACUAAUUAUUUUGCUUAUGAUACAUUACGAAAAGCUUACAAGAAAGCUUUCAAGAAGGAGGAAAUCGGAAGUAUCAUGACUCUCUUGAUUGGAUCAGCCGCCGGAGCAAUUUCCAGUACUGCAACUUUCCCACUUGAGGUGGCUCGAAGGCAUAUGCAAGCCGCUGGAGCCAUCAAUGGGAGGCAGUACCAAAGCAUGCUUCAUGCUCUUCUAAGCAUACUUGAACACGAAGGUCUCCGGGGUCUGUACAGAGGGUUGGGCCCAAGUUGCAUGAAAUUGGUCCCUGCUGCUGGGAUAUCUUUCAUGUGCUAUGAGGCAUGCAAGAGGGUGCUGAUUGAGAAAGAAGAAGAUAAUUAACCUUGGAGGGCAGAAUUUGUUGUUUGCGUUUUGAAGCAAUAGUAUACAGUUUUGGGUUCUUACAGUUUGUAGAUAGAGGAAAACGAAGGUUCACGUCGGCGAAAUUGACUUACUGUGACCUUUUGAAUUACAUUUUUAUGAUAGGAUUUAGAUCUGAGGAUGGUAAUUAAACUAAGUUUUUAGCAUUAAAGUGCUUUUAGAAUGAUCUCUGAUAUUUACCAGAAGAGGAAUCAUUUCUAUGUUUCAGAUCAGAUGCUGCUUAGUUUAUUUACUUUGA